CGCGCCUAGUUGGGCUGCAACUCUUUGCCGGCCUUCCUGCUGCACCGCGCGCGGGCGGAGGCACGGCUUGGCGGGAACGCGAGAAGAGCGUGCGGAGCCUCCGGUGCUGGCGGCGGCAACGCGUGCGAUCCUGGGUCCGGCCGCAGCACGCGGAACUGAUCUGAAGGUGGCGGGGCCCGGCGGAGCCGCGAUGAAGCCGAGCAGCGAGGAGGAGGCGGUGGUGUGGGGCGUGGGCCCCUGGGACGAGUGCUUCGAAGUGGCGGUGCAGUUGGCGCUGCGAGCCGGACAGAUUAUCAGAAAAGCCCUCACUGAAGAAAAGCGUGUCUCGACAAAAACUUCCGCUGCAGAUCUUGUGACGGAGACGGAUCACCGUGUAGAAGACUUAAUAGUUUCUGAGUUGCGGAAGCGGUUUCCUUCCCACAGGUUCAUUGCAGAAGAGGCCACAGCCUCCGGGGCCAAGUGUGUGCUCACCCACAGCCCAACCUGGAUCAUCGACCCCAUCGACGGCACCUGUAACUUCGUGCACAGGUUCCCUACUGUGGCAGUUAGCAUCGGAUUUGCAGUUCACCAGGAGCUGGAAUUUGGAGUGAUUCACCACUGCACUGAGGAGCGGCUGUACACUGGCAGGAGGGGCCAGGGUGCCUUCUGCAACGGCCAGCGACUCCAGGUCUCCAGGGAGACAGAUAUCUCGAAGGCCUUGGUUCUGACAGAAAUUGGGCCCAAACGUGACCCCGAUACUCUGAAAGUAUUCCUGAGCAACAUGGAGCGGCUGCUACACGCCAAGGCUCAUGGGGUCCGGGUGAUUGGAAGCUCCACCCUGGCGCUCUGCUACCUGGCCUCAGGCGCUGCUGAUGCCUAUUAUCAGUUUGGCCUUCACUGCUGGGACCUGGCAGCUGCUACAGUCAUCAUCAGAGAAGCAGGUGGCAUUGUGAUGGACACCUCAGGUGGACCCCUUGACCUUAUGUCUUGUAGAGUCGUCGCUGCUGGUACCAGAGAGAUGGCAACGCUCAUAGCUCAGGCUUUACAAACUAUUAACUAUGGACGGGAUGAUGAAAAGUGAGCCAGCCACACAUGGAAUGAGGCUUGGAGGCUGAAAUUCAACAGCUCCCUGGGAAAGAGUUGUCCCAGUGGCCAGGGCUCUCGCUGGGACUCGGUGCUGAUCUGAUUCUCUCUAAUCUCAUGUAGCCCUUUUCAGGUCGGUACAUGUUCUUUCAUCAGAGCCAAACCCAAAUCUCUUGUGAGGUGUGCAUUAGUCACUCAGCCUUGAUUGUUUUUCCAGAGUGUAAAUCUCAGGUAAUAAAGCUUUGGAACUUGC